GUCUCGACAAUCAUUCUUAAGAUAUUUUCUCUCAUAUUUCAGGAGAAGAAGCAAACUCCCCUUGUCAAGAAACGUCGCCAAAAAGUCGACGGAAAAUAAGCAAACCGAAGCAUUACAAACCCUCCAACAAUGAUGAGGGCAAGCCAGAACACAACGGGAUCUCACAGACACCAGAGGACCUCAACGGAUCGGCUAGCAGCCCCGAAAGUGUGGUUCAAGAUCAAGACGAAGACGUGAUCCCCGAAAAUGCUGUUCACGUGAUGACUGCGAAUCACGGUGUAAAGAAAGCGGUUAACAGCCCUGGAAAGCGCUCGGUUCCCGCCCAGAAACCCAGGAGGGUUUCGGCCGGAAAGACGGCCACUAAGAAAGGAAAGAAUGAUUCGCCCACUGUUCCUCGCAAGCCAGAGGAUUUGAUUAAAGAGGCGAUGAUACUUGGACAGGCAACCCCACCGGCAAGCAAGAGAGACGCGCAGUAUCGCAAGUCGUAUGCCUAUAAGAUAUGGAAGGAAAGAGGGCAUCAGGAACUCGCGAGCGACGCCACUGAGGGGAAUGGUAUGAGUGGAACAAAGAACAAGCUGCCGCCAGGUAUUGUAAUUAUUGACAGGCAACGUUUUCUAUAUAUUCAAUAAUCCAAACUCUUUCGAGUGACCAAAAUUUCGCAUCUUCCCGAAGUCUGGCAACAAGCCGUCACCAAGUUGUGUUCGCACUUGUUACAACCUUGUGUCGUCAACCUUGUAACAUUCUUGUUAUAUCAUGACUGCAUCAGACUUGUUAGAACAACCUUGUAACAUUCUUGUUAUAUCAUGACUGUAUCAGACUUGUUAGAACAACCUCGUAACAUUCUUGUUAUAUCAUGACUGUAUCAGACUUGUUAGAACAACCUUGUAACAUUCUUGUUAUAUCAUGACUGUAUCUGACUUGUUAGAACAAUCUUGUAACAUUCUUGUUAUAUCAUGACUGUAUCAGACUUGUUAGAACAACCUUGUAACAUUCUUGUUAUAUCAUGACUGUAUCAGACUUGUUAGAGCAACCUUGUAACAUUCUUGUUAUAUCAUGACUGUAUCAGACUUGUUAGAACAACCUUGUAACAUUCUUGUUAUAUCAUGCCUGUAUCAGACUUGUUAGAACAACCUUGUAACAUUCUUGUUAUAUCAUGACUGUAUCAGACUUGUUAGAACAACCUUGUAACAUUCUUGUUAUAUCAUGACUGAAUCAGACUUGUUAGAACAACCUUGUAACAUUUUUGUUAUAUCAUGACUGUACCAGACUUGUUAGAACAACCUUGUAACAUUCUUGUUAUAUAAUGACUGUAUCAGACUUGCUAAAACAACCUUGUAACAUUCUUGUUAUAUCAGGACUGUAUCAGACUUGUUAGAACAACCUUGUAACAUUCUUGUUAUAUCAUGACUGUAUCAGACUUGUUAGAACAACCUUGUAACAUUCUUGUUAUAUCAUGACUGUAUCAGACUUGUUAGAACAACCUUGUAACAUUCUUGGUAUGUCAUGACUCUUUCAGACUUGUUAGAACAACCUCGUAACAAGUGUGAUAAUGCCAUCAAGCUUGUUACAAGUUGUUAAAAGCUUGUUCCAAACUUGUUACAACAACUGGGAACAAGCAGUGCGAACACAAGUUGUCGACAGCUUGUGAACAGAUUUGUAACAACUUGUUUGCAAACCUGUAAUAACUUGUGCGUUUUUACGUAUGUACACACCAUAAACGCACAAGUUGUAACAAACCUGUAACAGGCUUGUAGCAAUGCUGUUCCAACAACUUGUCAACAGGAUGUGUUCGCACUGCUUGUUCCCAGCUUGUUGACAACUUGCUACAAGGUUGUUGAGCUCAACAGACUUGUCCUGCAAUUCAACAAUUUGUCAACAAGUUGUGAGUGACAAUCUUGUAGCAACUAGAUAAAAUAACAGCAUUGUUACAACUUGUUGACAAGCUUGCUACAAGCCUGUUGCGAACACAUCUCGUUGACAAAUUGUGAGAUUUUUACAAGUGUAGAAGUAGUUCUUCGGAAAAAAGCCUUCUUAAACUUCUUGUGAUUUGAUUAAUUUUAGGUCCACUUCAGAAUCAAGCCAGAGCGGCGUUCUACUGGCCAGGAAACCAGUACAACGGCGCUACUCCUCCUGGAUUCUUUGCCAACGGAAAAUUUUACGCCAUCAAUCCACAAAUGAUCCCAACUAUACCUGGUAGACCUGAAAUACCACCUACAUCACCUACCGUCCCCGCCCUUACCGCAGCAACGAGCGUUCGCCCCAUCCAAAACUCCGUGAUUCAAAGCUCAACUGCCGGGGUUGUUACCUCCGCUGGGCAUGUGGUACAAUACCCGGGGGUGGUCAUGAGUUCCGGUAUCGAAAACCCCAGACUCAAAGUCGUCCCUCCGAACGUGACGGUUGUACCACAAUGCCCAAGAGGACGUUCCCCUAAAGAAGUCAAAUCUCCGGUGGCUAAAUCCCCGGGUGUCAAAACCCCGCCAUUGAUAAGAAGCCCGGGUGGUACACAAGCCAUAUUGCCCGUACCAGUUUCCCAGGGAGACGCGGCCAAAAAUUCACCGCGUGAAAAUGGCGCUAAAAGUUCCGAAGCUCGAAACGAAACGAAAGCGAGUAAUGCCACGGCUAGUCCCAGCAACCUCGUUUCUAUUAUGAAAACAUCGUUACGGCAAAAACAUUCCAAAGAAAACGUGCAACCGUUGCCCACCAUGUUUAAAAAUAAACGAAAACUCGAAGCGGAUAAAGGCGACGGACCGCCCGCAAAAAAGAACGGGAAACCGACCAUUUUUACGCCGCUCAACGAACAGGAAGCCGAGAAAUUGGCGAACGAUAUCUACGAUGUUAAUUUGGAAUAUUUUCCGUUUCAAACGCUCGCGGGAAAAGCCGCGCAGAGCGAGGAAGCCUUGUCUGAGACGCCUGACAGGCCAGAAAAGACCGAUAAAGUCAAAGAAAUUGAAAAAGUCAGGUAG